AUGACCGUCCGUGAAUUUAAAGGGGAGCUGCAUGGAUGGCUGCCCUGCAAAGAUGAAUCACAGCGCAACAUGAGCUUGGUGGGAAUUGUUGUUGGAGACAGGCCCCUGCUGCACAACGAGGAGCCAGUGUCGGAGGCCAUUCCAGGUGAAGAAGUUCUUGCUUUCCUCACCAUCCAGCCGGUAACGUGCGAAAGCUUUAAAGCCUCUGGCUGCAAGCUGGACGACUUUCGCGUGGUAGAAAUUCCUACUGGAGCGAACAGAGUCGAAACAGAUGCCUUCAACGGCUGCACCUCAUUGGCAAGCGUGACCAUGCCCAACUCCGUGACUGAGAUAGGAGACGGUGCCUUUGGAGCCUGCAGCUCAUUGGCAAGCGUGACCAUUCCCAACUCCGUGACUGAGAUUGGAGAAGGUGCCUUUGGAUAUUGCAGCUCAUUAGCAAACGUGACCAUUCCCAACUCCGUGACUGAGAUUGGAGAAAGUGCCUUUGAACGUUGCAGCUCAUUGGCAAGCGUAACCAUUCCCAACUCCGUGACUUAUAUUGGAGAAGGUGCCUUUGGGGGUUGCAGCUCAUUAGCAAGUGUGACCAUUCCCAACUCCGUGACUGAGAUAGGGGACGGUGCCUUUGGAUAUUGCAGCUCAUUGGCAAGCGUGACCAUUCCCAACUCCGUGACUGAGAUUGGACGACGUGCUUUCCAAGGCUGCAGCUCAUUGGCGAGCGUGACCGUUCCCAACUCCGUGACUGAGAUUGGACGAUGUGCUUUCCAAGGCUGCAGCUCAUUGGCGAGCGUGACCGUUCCCAACUCCGUGACUUAUAUUGGAGAAGGUGCCUUUGGACGCUGCAGCUCAUUGGCAAGUGUGACCAUUCCCAACUGCGUGACUUUGAUUAGAAAUGGUGCCUUUGGAUAUUGCAGCUCAUUGGCAAGCGUGACCAUUCCCAACUCCGUGACUAAGAUUGGAGAAGGUGCCUUUCAAGAUUGCAGCUCAUUGGCAAGCGUGACCAUUCCCAACUCCGUGACUGACAUUGGAGAACGAGCCUUUGAAGGCUGCAGCUCAUUGGCAAGCGUGACCAUUCCCAACUCCGUGAUUGAGAUUGGAGAAGGUGCCUUUGAAGGUUGCAGCUCAUUUGCAAGUGUGACCAUUCCCAACUCUGUGGCAUAUAUUGGAGAGCGAGCCUUUGAAGGCUGCAGCUCAUUGGCAAGCGUGACCAUUCCCAACUCCGUGACUGAGAUUGGAGAAGGUGCCUUCAGUGGUUGCAGCUCAUUAGCAAGUGUGACCAUUCCCAACUCCGUGACUGAGAUUGGAGAAAGUGCCUUUGGAUAUUGCAGCUCAUUGGCAAGCGUGACCAUUCCCAACUCCGUGACUUAUAUUGGAGAAGGUGCCUUUGAAGGUUGCAGCUCAUUUGCAAGUGUGACCAUUCCCACCUCUGUGGCAUAUAUUGGAGAACGAGCCUUUGAAGGCUGCAGCUCAUUGGCAAGCGUGACCAUUCUCAAGUCCGACAGAUUGGACCAUGCUUCUUUCGAUGACUUCGCCUCAUAA